AUGACUUCCAUAGCUUCUUUAUCUACUAAAAAGCCUCUAGAGGCUUCUUCACAAGAAACCUUGUUUUUCAAGGGAUGUAUGCAGAAUCAAGUUGCGUCUCUUCUAAGUGGUCUUCAGGAUUUGCGAAAAAAACGACUGUAUACCGAUAUUAUUUUGUGUGCAUGCGACGAGGAAUUUCCCUGCCAUAAAGUGGUCUUAGCUGCAAGCUCUCGUUAUUUUAAUGCUAUGUUUUUAACUCCAUUCUCGGAGCAACGGACUUCGAGGGUAAAUCUGAAACAGAUUUCUCCUUGGGCUCUGCGUCAUCUAAUCGACUUUGCGUACACUGGCUAUUUGUCUCUAAGCACCACAGUUGUUCAGGACAUAUUCAUUGCGGCAACCCUCCUAGACUAUCCUCUAGCAGUUGAUGCAUGCAUCAAAUUUAUGGAGGAACACCUACAUGUUUCCAAUUGCCUUGGUGUGCAACUUCUAGCGGAGACGUAUGACUUCCCCGACUUAGUCAAAAGUGCCCGCUCAAUUGCAGUUAAGAAUUUCUCCAGUCUUGUCAGUCGUGACGCAUCCACGAGUGGUGAAUGGCUGCGGCUACCUUUGAAUAGCGUCGAGUCCUACCUCUCUGCAGAUGACCUCGAAGUUCGUUCUGAACAAGAUGUCUUGGACGCUUGUCUUGCCUGGGUCUCACAUGAACCGGAGACUCGGCUUACUCACCUGCCCUCCCUCCUUCGUCUUGUAAGACUCCAUCAGUUGCCCUCUACAAUCCUACGCACCUACAUCUGCUCUCCUCCUUUAACCCUCCGUGAGUCCCCGGCCGCUUUGUUGUACAUUCAACAGGUGGUCAACAGAAUCGAAGGUGCACCUGACGAUAGUCAUGUCAACGGCGCGUCCUUCUCCGCUGAUACCCUUCCUCGACCCUCCACGCUAAAGCGCCCGACACUCGUCGCGAUCGGUGGGAUGAGUUCCGGAUUUAUUCUUGAUUCUGUCGAUGCUUUCUCAUUCGCCCGAGGACGCUGCAUAUCCUGUCCGGCCUUGCCAGCAGACAGUCUGACUUGGUUCUCGGCGACAGUUGCAAACAACACCCUUAUCAUCACUGGCGGCAUUCGAGCUGGCGUGGUCGUUCCAACAGUGUACCGUUUUUCCGUUGAGGAGAACAGGUGGACAAGGGGCAGCGAAAUGCCCACCAGUCGCGCCCGUCACGCCUCCGUGUCAGUUCAGGGAGGCUACGUGUUCGUCCUUGGGGGGGUGACAGUGGCGCGGGCACCGGAUGCCGCCACCACCUCUGCUUCUGCUCCCCCUGCAGGCCUGGGGGCGCAUUCCUUGAGGCAAGAAGAGGAGGAGGAGGAGGGGGAGGGGAAUUUGCCGGGCACCGAGGUGCCGAGCCUUGUCCUCGUCAAGUCCAUCGACCGGUACGACGUGGCAUUGGAUGAAUGGGUCAACGUGGGCACUGCUCGAACCCCUCGCCAGAUGUCAUCGAUUGCUGUGGUGUUUCCUCAGACGACGAACGAUGACUGUUAUUUGAUGGCAGGUCGUCGACGCGAGGGGGCGUCGAACUUCACCCUAGUCGAGCUUGGCGGCACAUUGGAUGUGCAGUCGAACGUAGUAACUGAGAAAAUGGCCAUCUAUCAGAUCAAAUCAGAUCUAACCGUCCACUCCUCGGCCGACUACAUCGCACUUAUGCGACCUGUUCGGUAUGCCAAGUGCGUCACAAACCAGUCAGGGAAUCUUGUGUACAUAUUCUGGGAGGCGAGUGGGGAGCUUUCGGUGUUGGAUUUCCACCGCCAGUCCCUACGGACGUUGCAAUCCCUCAGCGGGACUGCGGGGAGCACAGACGCCUCGUCGGUGUCGCAUUCGGCCGUGCACUGCGGCUGUGCCUGGGUGGAUGGCCGUCUCUACGUCCUCGGUGGCUUCGCCAAGUUUUUGGGUGCUGGUGAAAGAAGACCCACGGCACCUCGUCAUUCCAUCCAUUGCUACGAUCCCGAGACCAACCUCUGGUAA